AUGUACCCGAUCAGCGUGACGGUAGGCGAGCACGACCUGCUGGACCCGAGCGAGAGCCCCAGCCAGACCCUGGGGGUGGCGUACGCGCUCUUCCACGCUGACUUCGGCAAGGAGGCGCAGUUUGACAACGAUGUCGCCGUGUUGGUGUUAUCGGCGGCCUUAGACCCCAGGCUGAACCUCAUGCCUGCGUGCCUGCCUAGUCCAGACUACAGUGUAUCGGGUUCAGUGGUGACGGUGGUGGGGUGGGGCGCCACUCACGAGGGCGGCUUCUCCAGUAACGUCCUGCGGGAGGCCCAUAUACCCGUCCUACAGGAGAGUACCUGCCAGACGUCCUAUCCUGGAUCCUUCCUGCCAGAGAAGAUGAUCUGUGCUGGGUAUCUCGUGGGCAGAACCGACACCUGUCAGGGUGAUUCUGGAGGUCCAGUGACCCACCAAGAGAGCCCCACGGAGCCCUGGACGGUGGUGGGUGUGGUAAGCUUCGGGCGGGGCUGUGCUCGGCCGGGGUACCCAGGCGUCUACACCCGCAUCACCACCUUCCUGCCCUGGCUCUCUAAAGUCAUGCAUCUUUAUCCAUAG